AUUUGGGAUUUUAGACCACCAUCGGCGAGGCGCACGCUCCCGUCGGGGUCGGGCGCAGGGGAGACUGCGGCAGUCCGUCCAUCCUCUACACCUACAAGUGCUGCCUCGAGCGAGCGGAUCUGGCUGGGUGAAGCCUCGGGCGGCGAGAUUGGGCUUGGCCGGACCGUUGGAGGAAGCCAUCGAUCCUGCUCCCAAGUCCCAACCCGAUCCGCGUGGGGCAGGCAAGUUUUCCUCCACCCUACACGGUAGCAACUCGGGCGCUUUCAUAACAAGAAUCUCGAUAUAAUUCAUCACUUCUUCAAAACUUGCUUAGUCCAAACCAGAAGCUUCCUCAAGGGCGUUUUAUUUUCUUGUGCUGCUUACAGGCUUACAACAAUGGCAUAUGUGGUUGGAAUAGUCAACACUCUGAUUACUCCAAUUUACCAUAUCGUCUUCAAGCAUGUAAUGUACCCCUUCACGGCUAGCAGAAACGUGAAGCAUCUCAAAGAAGCAGCCCAGGGUUUGAUCGCCAAGGGCAACGAUGUCCGGUAUGAGAUUGAGAUUGCCGAGAGGAAUGGCAUGACAGCAAAGAAUGAAGUGCGGAAGUGGCUUGAAAAUGUGGACGCCAUCAAGUCCGAUGAAGAAGCAAUUAGGCAGGUGUAUGAUGAGAGAUGCCAAGUUUUUGGGUGCAUCUCUCUGAAUUGCUGGUCAAACUACAAAAUCAGCAAGAGUGCAAAAAAGGAGCUUCUGAAAGCCCAAGAGUAUGCCAAGAUUGACACUAGUGUUGUCGCAGUGCAGCCGCUGCCACCAUCGGUCCGAGAAAUGCCUGUCUCAUCCAGUGGACUGCUCAGUGAAGAGCAUAAUAUGCAGGAGGCUGCCAGGUGCAUUAGGAAUUCUCCGGUUGGAAUGAUUGGGAUAUGGGGUCUAGGUGGAGUGGGAAAGACUCAUCUUCUGAAGAAGAUCAACAACUCAUUUCUCGGAGACCCUUUCUUCGAUGUUGUUAUUUUUGUUACAGCCUCAAAAGAUUGUUCAGUGGAGAAAAUCCAAGCUGAAAUAGUAAAGAAACUCAGCUUAAGGAAAGACGACGAUAUAGAGUCUCAAGCCAAUAUCAUUUCUGACUUCCUGAGCAGGAGGAGUUUUCUUGUACUGCUGGAUGACCUCUGGGAACCAUUGGACUUGCAAGCAGCUGGCAUCACACAUCCUCUUGGAUUUGUCGGCCAAUUCAAGAGGAAAGUAGUACUCACAACAAGGUCACGAGUUGUGUGUGGUACAAUGAAGGUCAGAAAAGAGAUAAAAGUGGAUUGCUUGAGGCAAGAUGAGGCAUUGCAGCUCUUCCAAGAGAACGUUGGCCAAGAGAUUCUUUUAUCCAAUCCGCACAUUGGAGCCCUUUCAAGAGAGCUUGUGAUGGAGCUGAAGGGCCUGCCCUUGGCGUUGAUAGCUACCGGAAAGGCAAUGUAUCCAAAGAAAGAUCCAGGUGAAUGGGAAACAGCUAUUCGUCUACUGCGACGAUCUGGCCACGAUGCGGAUGAUCCAACGUCUGUUGAGAACACAAUUUACUUCAAGUUAAAACUUAGCUAUGAUAGCUUAGGGAAUGAUACCAUGAGACGUUGUUUCCUGGUUUGCUCACUGUGGCCAGAAGAUUCUCCUAUUGCUAAAGAUGAUCUGAUCCAGUGUUGGAUGGGCUUAGGUCUGCUUAAUAAGUGCGACGUACAGAGUUCUUACAGUGAAGGCUACAACAUAAUAGGCCACCUGCAAGCUGCAUCUUUGCUGGAAGGUAGUGAGGACAGUAGUAAGCACCUCAAAAUGCAUGAUGUGAUCCGUGAUAUGGCGAUAUGGAUAUCUUGCGGCUGCGGUGAAAACAAUAACAAAUGGGUCGUUCACGCAGCGAUCGGCAAAACUGCGUCUAGAAAGUGCAUCCCUUGGAACAGGGUGGAGUAUCUGUCAAUGAUGGGCAACGGACUGGAAGAACUUCCGUAUCUUGGUGGUGGCGUGAAUGAAAAUAGCAUGGGCUGCAGUGUCAGAUCCAAGUGUUUUCUUGGUUCUGGUUCCACAGAACUCAGGACACUGCUUCUUCAAGAUAAUAAGUUCAACGAGAAGGCACUUGGAAAUAUUUACCUCUUCACUUCAUUGACAUACCUAGAUUUGAGUCAGAACCACAUUCGUGUUCUGCCUUUAGCAGUCUGUGCUCUGGGAGAUCUAGAGUACCUCAACCUGUCUUACAGUUACAUCACUGAGUUGCCCAAGGACCUUCGACACCUCACCAAGCUCAAAUUCCUAUACCUAAGAGGCAACCCGAUACACACCGUACCAAAGGGCACCAUAUCAAGGCUGCAGGAACUGCAAGUGCUUGACCUGCUGUCGUCCCAGGUCUCGACACACGCAAACUAUACUCUAUCAUUGUUCCCAGAAUUGGACUUGCUGGAUAACUUGAAAGCUGUGGAGGUCGGGGUCAAAGGUGACGCGGCAUAUGAACUGCUAGGCAAGUUUCCGGGCCUCCCUGUUAGAUCCAUCCAUCUGAGCAGGCUGACAGGGACACCAACAUUCUGCUUCCUAGAUGGCUGCUUCUCGAGCUCCUCGGUGCAAGCGAGCCUAUACGACCUGACGAUCUACAAGUGCUGCAUGCAGCAGAUACUGGUGAGAAGCGGCGCGGAAGGAGCAGUCUCCCAGUUGGACGUGCUCAGAUCGCUCACGCUCGACAGCCUGCGCAGCCUGAAGGGGGUCAUCUGGAAGAGAGUGGCUCCGGAGUCUCUUUUUCCGAGGCUGACCUACCUGGCAGUCGUGCACUGCCAGAGUCUCAGGCACAUUUCAUGGGCCACGCACCUGCCUUGCCUCGAGAGGAUCCUUGUGAACAACUGCGGCGGCAUGAAACAGAUCGUCCGGACCAAGAAGAAGGACGGCGGCGCCGGGGAAGAAGACAGGGGGCAAGCACCGGUCCAUGGCUUCCCUUGCCUCAGAUACCUUGAGCUGCAGAGCCUUCCCGGGCUGUCGAGCCUCUGCGACCCCGAGGUGACAUUCCCGUCCCUUGAGACCAUGGAGAUAUCCUUCUGUCCAAAGCUGAAGAGGCUCCCGUUCCUGAUGACAACCGUGCCGCGGAGGCUGCGCAACAUCAGCGUCCCCCUUGUCCAGAUGAGGUGGUGGGAGUCGCUGGAGUGGGUCGACGAGGGCGUCAAGCGUGCCGUGCAGCCUCUUGUUAAUUCGGACAUCACAGAUCAGCUGGAGCAGAGUCCUAUUUAGUGUACUUGAAUGAUUGAGAUCCCAGAGCACACAUUCAACCUUGAGCCACUGCUCAUCAGUCAAAGAUUGAUGGCCAGAUAUGACGCGGUUCCAUAACCAUUGUCUCGUCAGGCUUCAGCAACACGUUGGACUUUGUCAUUAUCGACAUGUAAUGCUCGUAGUAUAAUCACAAGACGAGAGAAUGCAGUGGAGGACGAGAUACUUUUCAACCAGUCAUCGUAUAUGUUAUAAAGAACCAUCUGGUGAGUUCCAUGAUGUGGCUAAAUGGAUAUGCAUCUCAUCUCCUUGACUUGGGGAUUAUCCUGCCCAUACAGGAAACCUUCAGAAAUACUUGACCAGUUGUUGGAUUGAAAAUAAGAAAUGGUUACUUGAUAGACAUUUGUGUCAUCCACAAACCAUAUGAUUUGAUUGAUGAUCAUCCCUCCG